AUGGACAUUCAAAAUCAAACGACAGUGACUGAAUUUACCCUGACUGCCUUCCCUGUCCUUCGGGAGCUUCAGAUUUCCCUUUUUGUUGUCCUCUUUUUUACUUACAUGCUUACCCUAACAGGAAACAUUGUCAUCAUUUCCCUAAUAUGGUCGGAUAAUCGCCUCCAAACCCCAAUGUACUUCUUCCUCAGUAAUUUGUCAUUUUUGGACAUUUCAUACACUACCUCAGUUACCCCAAAGCUGUUAGCCUGUCUCCUACAGGACAGGAAAACCAUAUCCUUUGCUGGCUGCAUCAUCCAAACAUACUUCUUUUUUUUCUUGGGAACAGUGGAGUUUAUCCUUUUGGCAGUGAUGUCCUUUGACCGCUACGUGGCCAUCUGUAACCCCCUCCGCUACACCAUCAUCAUGAACAGCAGGGUCUGCCUCCUGCUGGUUCUGGGAUGCUGGGUGGGAGCCUUCCUGUCUGUGCUGUGUCCAACUAUUGUGGUCUCCAGACUACCUUUCUGUUAUAAGGAAAUUGGUCACUUCUUCUGUGACAUCGCCCCUCUGCUACAGGUGGCCUGUAUAGACAUUCACUUCCUUGAGGUGAUAAACUUCCUCUUAUCUUCCCUCGUCCUCCUGACCUCGCUGGUGCUCACCAUAGUGUCCUACACCUACAUCAUUUCUACCAUCGUGCGCAUCCCCUCAGCCCAAGGACGUCAGAAGGCCUUUUCCACCUGUGCUUCUCACAUCACUGUUGUCUCCAUUGCCUACGGAAGCAACAUCUUCAUGUAUGUGAGACCCAGCCAGAGUCACUCACUGGAUUUUGACAAGGUGACAGCUGUCCUCACCACAAUAGUGACCCCUCUUCUGAAUCCCUUCAUUUACAGUCUAAGAAACGAAAAGGUUAAGGAAGUCUUGAAAGAAGCAAUCGACAAAAUUACGUCCUGA